AAUUUUGGGCAACUUUACAAGUGCAAAAAGUGUUCAACAAAAAAAUUAUGACAUCUCCGAGAAAAAAGCGUCAAAAUAAAAUUAAAAAGUGUGGACAAAAAAGCUGAUUCAUGUUUAGACCAAAUAAAGGUAUAUCAGCGCUAGACUUGAUGAUUUUAUUACCAGCACCGGUUCAGAAAAGUGCGUCACAGAAAAACAAAUUACAUUUAUCUCAUCUAUGUUUCAAAAAGGCAUACAUAUCAGUCGCCGUUCAAACGACGAAAAAUACUCGAAAACUGAAGCACUCCAACUUAGAUCAAUAGUGUAACAUUCAAAUGAGCUCUCAUUAAUAGUUUUGGCACUAUUUGGAUAGACGAUAAAUCAAUAUUUUUUAUCACCAGCAAUUCAUAACUCAUGUUAAAACAUGGCUACAGAUGAAGACUUUGACUCGGGGGAUUUGUCGAGCGCAGCUCACGCUGCGGACUAUCUACAAGUGGACGGCAACCAGAAAAGGUUGAGCGAACAGAGUUACAAUAAACUUAGCAGCUCCUCUAUACGACUCAAGAGCCCUGCGCUGACUUCAAGAAUAACGUCGGCAACUUCAAAAAGCGCAUUCAAACCAGUCAAAAAGCAACGCCGACAAUCGCUCGAGAGCUCGGCGGUUAACUUACAACGAAACGACUCGUUUGGAGUGUCCAAUAACCGAGGCGCGAUGACGAAAGAACUCCUGACGGCACAAUUGAAGAGCUUCCUUGUCGAACCUUCAGCUCCCAGUUCCGGAAAUCAGCACCGGAAGCUGCCGGUUUCCCCUCCGGAAGGGCAACAGGAUAACGGCGUGCACAGUUUGGACAGACAGUCGCUAAGAAAUAGAAGGCCCAAUUCAACCGACAGUCGAAAUCUAAGAUACGACAGAACUUCUCCGAUGAGGGCUGCCUUGAAGCCACCCUUUGGAGGAUCCAACGAUACUAGUCGGGUUUCACCCUCGAGUAUCCCGACUGCGACUCAGAAAAGAAGUCUGAGCAACAGCCGAAUUCCGACGCCCUCAUCUCUAAACACAAGUGCUGUCAUGAACCAAAAUUCGGCUAAUCAUACAAGCCAGGGUAACCAACAGCCGUCUCAAAUUCCAACAUUGUCGAGGAAGAAUUCGAUUGGCAAUGGUGGCAGUUCAACUAGCAGAAUUCCCACUCUGGCUAGAAAAUCUUCAUUACCUUUUUCUCACAACCACGAAGAGAAAAACCCGUCAAACAAAGAGCAAGCAUCAGUAUCGAACCACGAGAACGCGGCAAACAUUAAUAGUGUUUCUGGUUCACACGCCCGCCAAACCGAAAAACCGAAAUCUGCCUUCACGAAUUUAAAACCCGAAGUUCAAAUAAAUCGACCUAAGAGUUCCGAAGUUGACGAUGUAUCCACGAGUGUUAGUUCAAAUACAGCAAACGAGCAAAAGAAGAAGAAAGAGUCGGUUAUUUAUAUUGACUCGCAGCCGAAAGAAAAUAGUCCGACAAAUACCAAGCCAAUAACGAUGUCUCAAAUUCCAGUGUUCCGACGAGCGAGUUCUUCCCAAUUUGAAGAGACAUCGGCUCAUCAGUGCAGCCGGAACGAGAGAAAUCCGAGAUUGAAAAACGCUUCCGAAUCUGAAGCUGGACGUCGCCAAGAACGGCAGGGUACGAAAACUUUGUCUAGUUUCAGUUCAAAACAAAUAAAUUCCAGACGAAACUCCCACGAUCGACAAAAAAAUGAAAGUUCCGAGGAAAAUAACGAAGAAAAUAUGAUGAACUCUGCGCCGACCAUGAGAAAUGUAAGCUUCAGCCCGCUUCCGACAAACCCGAAUUUUUGUGGGUUCGAAACAAAGCAGGCGGAUGUCAUCACUGAAGCCUUCGGAAUCAUUGGCAAAUAUUUUCCCGAAAAAAGAUUUCAUAUGUAUAACCUCCAACGAUCCAAAUCAUUGCGAUCUAAAAUAAAACCAAAUUUUUUUGCCUCGCAUAGUAACAGUUUUGCAGGAACCAACCCUUACUUGCUACACAGAUACAAUUCUCUACUUUCGAGUCAAAAGUACUCGCCGGAUUCUUACAAUUUGGGAUAUAUGCAAAACGGACCCUCGAUAUCUCACACUUAUUUGGAGAAUGCUUUCACUCGGUUAGGAUCUGGACAAUUCACGACGUUGAACCCGCAUCUGAGAAGCAGAACACCGCCUUUAAAUUUUGUCUAUCCAGCUCUGAGGCACCCUAACCCCCUGGUGUAUGUUCAAACACAUCCACAAAUGUCCUACCUGCCAAUGAGAAAUUUUCAAAUCAAUGAUGGUUUUUGAAUGAAACAAUCAAAAGCCAAUUUCUUGUAUCAGGGUUUUUUGUAAUUAAUUUUUAUAGCAGUUAAUGGAAAAAAAAUAAUAAUAAA